UCAGCCACAGCAUAGCUGGAGCUACAGGCAAGAGUCCCCGUGCUCAGCGGAACCUGCAUUUUAACAAGGCUUGCGAAUGAUUCAUCUCUGCAGACCGCGAGCGAGUGUAGGAAGCAACUUGCGUGUAAGCCCAUGCAGGUGUAGUCCAUGCGGACUCCUGCUUUAGUACUGGUUGCUCUCGCUUCCUACUUCAUCAGUGUGAAUUCUAACCCCAGGGAGGUGUGCGUGUGAAUAUCUAGCUAGAUUCUAGACACUGUUUUCAGACCCAGCUCAUCUACUCCAGGAAGCUUUCUAAACCCUCUGCAGCUCUCUUGCCACGGUUUCUAAAACUCCCACAUCUCUAACCGAUGGGCAGCAGAGUCUUCUUCGUUGGCCAUUACUUAACGGACGCCUGCUGUGCGCCUAGCUGGAUUCAGUGCCUGGCUGGGGAGAAGGCGCUGAGCUCUCCCACUGCUAGGAUCGCCCAGCCCCGGGCCAUCCAAGGCCAGAGGUUGUGUGCAGUCCUAGAAUAUUUUUCCACCCUCGCUCUGCGCGGCUUUUCAGAGCCUUACGGCGCCCUCCUCCCUCCCCCUCGCCGCGCGGGCGGGGACCCACGGGUUCCGCGCCGCCUCAGCAGCCCGAAAGCAGGACCCCCGGAGCGGGACCCAAGCGGCCGCCCGGCCCUGUUCUGGCUCGGACCCGCAUGGAGGGGACCGUGGAGACCCAGACGCUUGAUCUGCGGGACGUGGAGGGCAAGGUGGGCAGGAAGACCCCAGAAGGGCUGCUCCGCGGGCUUCGAGGAGACUGGGAGCUCGGACCCUCUGGCGCCCUGCUGCUCCCGGGGGCGCCCGGCACCAGCCACGGCCUGGGGGACAAGAUCCUGGCGCUGAGGAUGGAGCUGGCUUCCCUGCGAGCCAUCGACGUGAAGAUCCUGCAGCAGCUGGUGACCUUGAAUGAGGGCAUCGAGGCAGUGCGCUGGCUGCUGGAGGAGCGGGGAACGUUGACCAGCCACUGCAGUAGCCUCACCAGCAGCCAAUAUAGCCUGACAGGCGGGAGCCCGGGCCGCUCAAGGCGGGGCAGCUGGGACAGCCUGCCAGAUACCAGCUCCACUGACCGACUGGACAGUGUCUCUAUUGGCAGCUUCUUGGACACCGUGGCCCCCAGAGAGCCAGAUGAACAGGGACCCGCUGGGGCUCCCUGUCCCGAGAUGGAUUGGGCAAAGGUUAUACCUGGUGAGGAGAGGGCCAGGACUGAUGUGGAUCUGACAGCCACCGGGCUAGAGAGCUUGAGGGCUUUGUGGAAGCCCCUGGGAGAGGGGCUGCAAGGUGGACCACCCGAGCCACCAGAGGAUGAGAGUGCCACGCUAGGCUUUGAGGCUCACUGGUACUGGGGACAGUGUCAGGAUGAUGUGACCUUCUUGUAACAACUUUUGCACCCUUUUGUAUUCCUGUGGCACUUUCAUCCUUAGACCUGGUCUCUCAAAAUUUGUUCUCCCUCGGGCUGGGGAUUUAGCUCAGUGGUUCCACUGCCUGCCUCGCAAGCGUAAGGUCCCAAGUUCGAUCCCCGGUACCAAAAAAAAAAAAAAAAAUUUGUUCUCCCUCAAAUCUGGGACUAGGAAUAGGCUACACUGAAAUCCAUUACCAUGGAAACCUGGCACACCAUUCCUCUGGUCCCUGGAGAGUCUCCAUCUUUAUCCCUCAAUUAUUCGGUCCCUAGAGCUCCUUCCAUAGAGAUGCUGACUUUAGAUGCUUGGGCUGUGGCUCUUUGUGCGGGGGCGGGGGGGGGGGAUGUCUCCAUCUUCUUUUCGCUAUGUUAGGAUUUUAGACCCAAAGGAGAUCAUUGAUGAAAUGGUAGGGGUGUAAUUACCUCCACCAAAGUCUAGGAGCUUUGUCUUCUCUUGGCCAAGAUAGAGAGUUGAGGGACAUGAACAUUCAACCCUCCAUGGAUUUGUUCUCCCAGAAGCCUUUGGAGUUGGUAGAUCCACCCCUUCCUAUCUGUUGAGUAAUAAUAACAUUUCCUACCAGGAUGGACCAGCCAUUCUGUACCAAUCCUUGGAUGAUAUGUGAUCAGGAUGUCUGAGCCCCUGCUCCUAAGUGAGACCAAUUACUUAAUGUCUAUACCAUUACUUCUUUUGAGUGGGAACAUGUCACCCCUACUGACAGGAAAGAUUUUCUUUGGAAGAUAUGUAUGCUGCUUUUCAGACAGGAUGUUCUCAUUUCAUCCUGGGGGGUCUCAUUUCCUCUGUGGCUGCAUCCCUCUCUGGUACCAGUACUCUUAUCUCUGUUCUUUUAGGGAGCUCUCAAGUUUGCUUGCCCACUCUGCCACAGACCCCUGUUUCACCUUAUUCCUGGCCUGCCCCUUUGCUGUUUUCUGACUUCAUACCUCCUGCUCUAUUUCUGUGCCUCUGUAACUUCUCAGUUUCCUCUUCUGACUUCAGUCCUUUUAUAUGCAGAUGAGUCCUGGUCUCACCACACUGCAGAUGGGAGCUGGAGAGGGAGAAACUUGAGGGUUUCUGAGAUUAUUCCAGAAUCUUGGAUGCUGGGGAGGUGUUAUCUUCUCUGAGUCUGUGAUUACCCUUCCCCCACCCUGUCCAGCUUUCCACCAUUUGGUCACAAGGACGCCUGCCUGAGGUUGGGACAACAAGGAACCCCCUUGUCUGGGCUACAGUGUGGGGGUGUGGGUGGAAAAGACAGAGGCUCUUUGGUCCCUGGGGCCCACCCAAAGGGACGGGCAAGGGAAAUUCCUUCCUUGCUCUCUCUCUUACAGCUGGCCCUUGACUCCUGGGACCUAAGAAGGGAGCAGGGGACCACCUCUGGGUCCAAGUCCCAAGGUCCUAGCUAAUUACACCAAAGAAAGAAUUCAGGGAAACUGCCAACCUGGGGCUAGGGAGGGGACAAUCCCAGAUAGUAGAUUACUUGGGCUAUGGCUGAUGUCAGAAUGAAUUCUUCAAAAUUAACCUUCUGAACCCCAGGUAAUCGUCCCUAUUUUUGUUGGCCCCUGUCUUUCCUGGGCUCUAAAACUAGAUUACUAGAGGGGAAAAAGGGGGGGAAUAAGGAUGAUCUUUGGUUGUUCAGUGUGCUAAAUUAGAACAGUCUUCCCCAAACCCUAGAAUAACUGGCAUUUGUUUCAUUUUGUUUUGUUUUGGGUACUGGGGAUUGAACUUGGGACCUUGCACUUUCGAGGCAGGUGACGGAACCACUGAGCUAAAUCCCCAGCCCAGGCAUUUUUUUUACUUUGUAUUUAAUGUUGUGGAAGGGAGAGAGGCCAGGUUGAUCAUUUCUACCUUCCCUAAUGCUACUUCCUCAAGUGCUGUAUGGCAACUUCCACCCCAUUCCUUCUGAAGCAAUACAUUCCUUCCAUGGUUCUCCCGGUAAAGAACCCCUGCUUGCCUCUUGCCAUCCCCUCCGAGUGUUUUAAAUCUGCAAAGUAACCUCUCAGUACCUUCUUUACUGUCUACCAUCCCUGUCCUUACCGUUUCCUGGGGCUCCUGACUUCCCCUCAGACUAGAAAUUAAAAGAAUAUACCUGGGCUGGGGAUUUAGCUCAGUGGCAUCGCACCUGCCUUGUAAGUGCAAGGUCCUGAGUUCGAUCCCCGGUACAAAAAAACAAAAACAAACAAACAAACAUAAACUGUACCUAAUUCCAAUCCCCAAUCCCUACUCUGUAACCAUUUUGCAGUGUGCCCUUGGGAAUUACCCUUCCCCUUGGAAGCCAUUGUAUUUCUUAAGGAGGCUUCAUCUACUCCACCCAUUUCUGGGCGAAGAGGUUGCCUGCCCCCUUGUGUCCAUUAUGCGCCAUUGCUGUGAAUGCUGAGUAGACCCUCCAAGCUCAAGGAAAAUAGUUUAAUCUUUCCGAAGACCAGCGGAGGUCACCAGUACACAAGCUAGUGUCACCCAUUGUAAAACUGUGGCAAAGCCCAGAUUGUUUGCCUGCAUGCCCACAGCGCUGUCACUUGGCCACACCUUUCAGUCAAUGUCCCCAAAGCCCAAACAGACUGGAAACACUUUUCCCCAUUACAACCUUUGGCUCUAUAAUUUCCCACCCUAAAGAGACAGCCCAGUCUUAGAGAAAGAGCAACAGGCUCUGAGAGAGAACUCUGGGCCAGAGACGGUGAAGGGCCCACCAGUGUGAGCAUCAGAUAGGAGAAAAAUCAAUCCUGGGCCAACCAUUUUAUUUUAUUUUAUUUUAUUUUAUUUUAUUUUAUUUUAUUUUAUUUUAUUUUAUUUGAGAUGGGAGGGGAUAACAGGUUCCAACAUCAAGGGGACAAAACUCACUGUUUCAGACCUGGAGACUAGAAGCAGGGUGGGAUGGGGACCAGUCAUACUAGGAAAAGCAGCAGGUCUUGUAGAGGAAGGGGUGCACCACAGCCAGGGAUCGCAGGCUGAGUGGGUAGGCACUGGAGAGCGCUGAGGGGCUGGAGAGCUGGGCCAAGUGAGGCUUCCUGGGGAUUCUGGGUCUUCAUACCUUUGACUCCAGCUCCCUACCAGAGAAGCCUAGGAAGCCCAAAACAUGCAGUCUCAGUCCCUGCUACCUGCCUGUGGACUGGCUGGUUGAGGCUCAGCUGUCUUGUUAGGUUUGACUUUUCUGCAUUACAGGGGGGGCUGCUGGGGAGCUCAGAGAAGGGAGAAAAAGGGUGAGAGAAAGAGAAGCAAGAAAGAUGAAAACGGGUGCUGAAAGUGCACACCUGCUCUCCACGUGUGUGGGGGGCUUUUAUUAGGGUACAGGGUAAAGGCAGAGAUGAGGCUGCUCAUGACAGCUACAAAAACACCCCCUGGGAGGAUACACGGUCCGUCCAGGGCCCAUGAGAGCCGGCGCGUGGGCAGGGCUAAGGACCUGCACUUGGGACAACUGGGGUUGUCAUGAACACAAGGCCAUUGGGUACACGGUGCCAGCCACACACUGGGCAUUCAGUUGCACCUGUUCAGUGACAGUGUAGAAACCCACAAGGAAAUGUGACUUACAAAAAACACCAAUUGGUGUUUACACACUCGGUAAUUUAAAACAGUCUAUUUAAUUCUUAACAACCCUAUAUAUAGUACAUUGUUGACAAUGUGUUGUUGCUUAGAAAAUUUGCUCAAGGUCAGGUAACAGAUGAGCCAUACUAUGAACUGGGGUCAGUAUGAUUGCAGUGACUUCUAGGAAGUCAUCUCUAAUUCCCUGGCACACCCUUCAUACUCACACAUACCUUAUUCACUUAAAACAGUAAGUUAGUGCUACCUGGGAGCAGAGGCAGUCUGGUAAUUUCUUAUUGCUGCUGUAACAAGUUACCACAAAUUUAGUGGCUUGCAAACCACAUGUAUUAUAGCUUUGGAGGUCAGAAGCAUGAAAUGAGCUUCCCUGGGCUGAAGUGGAAUUGUUGAUAGUCUUUGUCCCUUCGGGAGAUUGCAGGGAAAAUCUGUUUGUCUUUCCACCUUCUAGAGCCUGCUUGCAUUCUUGGUUCCUGCCUCCUGCAUCUUUUUUCCCCUCAGCACUAGGAAUUGGACCCAGGCCCUUUGUACUGAGCAACGUCCCUGGCCCCCUUUUUUUUUUUUGUAACAUUUUUAGACAGGAUCUCACUAAGUCACUAAAUUGCCCAGGCUGGCCUCAAACUUGGGAUCCUCAAGCUUCAGCCUCCCAGAGCACUGUGAUUACGGGUGUCUGUCACCCCACUCGGAAUCCUUCCUCUGUCUCCAAGGUUGGCUGCAUGUUAUCUUCUCAUCUAUCUGACGUCUGCUUCCAUCCCUACAUCCCUCUCCCUAAUUCUGCUGUCCCCCUCUUCUAAGGAUUACAUUGUGAGUUCAUAUCCUUGGGAUGACAUUGGGCCCACUGGGAUAAUCCAGGAUCAUCUCCCUAUCUCAAGGUCUUUAUUUUAAUCACAUCUUAAAGACCUUUUUUGCCACUUAAACUACGUAUUCAUAGGUCCUGGGCACUAGGCAGAGCACAUCUUUGGGGGAAACCCAGCCAGCCACAGACUAGGAUGCAGGAUGGCCCAGAACACACCCCUGUGCUUCAUCCCCCCUCUCAGCCUGGAGCGAGGGGUGGCACCAAGGGGAGAAGAGCAAGUGCUCCUGCACCAUCAACAUCAGACACGGUUUAAGGACCUUCAUAGGCCUGUGACCUUCCUGGUGACCAAAGAGAACCACUCGGGCAGGCUCUGUCCUCAACCCUGUCUGCUCUCAGAGCCAUUCUGUGUUGUUUUACAGGCAGGAGAAAAUUACACUCCCAGUUAAGUGGCCAAGGGCUCUAGAUUAGGUGUUUUAGUUGUCUAUUUUUCAAUGAUUUUUACUCCUUAAUGCUUUUGCUGUGUUGGGGGGUUUUGUUUGUUUUUGUGGUGUUCAGGGCUUUGCACACAUUCCUUAGUGAAACCCUGCCCCUCUGUGCAUGGUGAAUUAUCUCAUCACCAAUUGCUCCUAGACACCAUUCUUGUUUUCUUGCCUUCCCUAUUCUCAUACCUCUCCCUGCCAUAGGUUUACUCUCAAAUGUGUCGGUACUGUGUGUUUGGAUGUGUAUGUACCUUUAUAUGUAAUUCUGUGCUUCUAUAUCAAUGGUAUGCUUUGACAGUAAACUACCUUCUACAAUGAAUUGCUCCCAUAGUUCAGUGAUUUAACCAAAUAAAGAUUUAUUUUUCACUUAAUUCUUAACAGCACAGGUGCUCCUGGCCCGACAGCCCUCCCCCACCUCCUCAGUCAGAGGACUCUCCAGUCCCUGCCUCCUCUGCUGCCUGUUUCACUGUCCACUGACCAUUUUAUUAGUUGGUCACUCUGCUAGGAAUUAUCAAACUGUGACUUUCUAAUACUAUUAUUUCUUCAUUAUGAGCUCUAAUUCUGUCCAGAAAAACUUUUUUCACCUCCUCUAGGACCAUUUGGUGACCCUGAAAUAAAGCUGAUACCAGAAA